GCCAUAAAACAUAAAUAAACAAAUGACUUGUGGCGCACGGCUCGCAACGCCAUUUCCUCUUGGCGUCAUCGCUCGGCGACGGCACUCCGGACCUCGAACGAGUGGUGGAAGCGGGUUCACGUCCACGUUGAGGAAAUGGCGCCAUCCCCCACUAAGAGGAAGGAGGAGGAAAAAACAAAAGACAGAGGCAAGGAAAAGACAGGGACCAAGGAAGGUGGAGACAAGGAGAGAGGACGGGACAAAGGAAGAAAGCGUCGCAGUGCCUCUACCGGCAGCAGCAGCAGCAGGUCCAGAUCUAGCUCUACCUCGAGCAGCAGCUCUGGUUCCAGCUCGGGUUCCUCAAGCGGAUCCAGUUCAUCUGGGUCCAGUCGCUCCGGCUCCUCCAGCUCUCGCUCCUCAUCCUCCUCCAGUUCCUCUGGCUCCCCCAGCCCAAGCCGUCGACGCCAUGACAACCGCCGGCGCUCCCGCUCAGCAUCCAAAACACAGAAAAGGGGAGAUGAUAAGGAGCGGAGGAAAAGAAGCCCAAGCCCCAAACCAACCAAAGUUCACUUGGGACGACUGACCAGGAAUGUCACCAAGGACCAUAUCCAGGAGAUCUUUGCCACCUACGGGAAAAUCAAAAUGAUCGACAUGCCAAUGGACAGGCUCCACCCACACCUGUCCAGGGGCUACGCCUAUGUGGAGUUUGAGACUCCUGAAGAGGCCCAGAAGGCCCUCAAACACAUGGAUGGCGGUCAGAUUGAUGGGCAGGAAAUCACUGCCUCGGCUGUAUUGCCUCAGAGAAUCCGACCCCCACCUCGCAGACCCUCUCCUCCUCGCAGAAUGCCCCCACCUCCGCCUAUGUGGCGUCGCAGCCCGCCCCGCAUGAGGAGAAGGUCUCGGUCACCAAGGAGACGGUCCCCUGCACGCCGCCGCUCUCGUUCUAGGUCUCCCGGUCGCAGGCGUCACCGCUCCCGUUCCAGCUCCAACUCCUCUCGAUAAAAGGAGGCUCCCUGGUUCCCAGUGCCACUCAAUCACCUGGCGGCUCUGCUACCAGAUCAUCUGGACAGUCUGCUCUCAGACUCAUACGUGUAUUAUGGACUCAACACCAAUACAACGAUCUGCUUUGUAGCCAAACAUAAAACUCUGCCUGCAUGUAGGAAAUGGACAUGUAUGUGUAUUGAGAUUUUUUUUCUUUGUCUUUGUUUUUUUUUUUUUUUUUUUUUUUUUUUUUUUUCCAAUUUGUUUAGCUAAAUUGUCUCUCAAAGCUAGUGGCUCAAUAUUUAUGUUGAGGGUUAUAGUCUGAGUUGGUAUUCCUUUUUGAGAUAUAUUCGUGUUUUACUCAAAACUGUGAGACCUUUUUACCAUGUACUGAACUUUUAGACAUUUUGAAAAUAAAAAUGCUUAAAUAUG